AUGGUUAGUGUGAAGAGUCUAGCGCUAGCGAUUGGUGUUGCGUCUGCCAUUCAGCUGCCUGAUGCGAUUGCGCCCGACAGUUCCAACAUUAUAAAGGCGAACAUCUCGCAGUUUGCUACACAUGUGAAAGAGAACCCAAUUGUUAUGGUUGAGUUCUUCACUCCUUGGUGUACUCACUCCAAGAUGUUGCAGCCUAGACUGAGCGAGGCUGCCACGAUUGUGAAGGGUGUUAAGAUUCCGAUUUUACAAGUUGACUGUACCCAGUACGGUGUGCUAUGUGACCAGCAGAUGAUUGAUUUCUACCCAACUUUGAAAGUGUAUAAGAAUCACAGGCUGGUUGGUGCUGAGAACUACAAGGGCUCCCAAGCCGGCAAUGAAAUUGCUAACUAUUUGUUGAACUUGAAGAAUAACCCUGUUACCAACAUUACCAGCGCGCAGGAAGUCGAGAAGAUGAAGUCUGAGACUGACAUGCCAAUUGUGCACAACAGAGGUAACUUAGAAAUCGAUGAGAUUUUGAGGUCUGUCGCUCUAGAUAUGUCCGAGAAGUUCGCCUUUAUCAGAGACACUGUUGCUAGCGAGAAUGGUACCUUGGAGAUGUACUUCCCAGGCACCAACAGAACUGCCGUCUACGACGGUCCACAGCCACCAACCGAGGAGUCCAUCUCCAUUUGGAUGCACAUGGAAAACUUGCCAUUCUUCGCUGAUAUUGAAGCAGCUGAUUUCAAGAACUACAUGGCCACCAAGCUUCCAAUUGCAUACUUUUAUUAUUCCACCCCACAAGAGCUAAAUGAUUUUACAGGUCUUUUCAAUGAGUUGGGUGAAAAGUACAGAGGUAAGUUGAACUUCGUUGGUAUGAACCCACACAAAUUCCAAGAACACUUGAAACUUCUAAACCUAAAGCAAAGAUUCCCAUUGUUUGUAAUCCACAACGUCAACAACAAUCUAAAAUACACUUUGGACCAAUUUACCGAUGAAUCUGACAAGGUUAUGAAGAAGUUAGAAAGUGAAGAUAUCAAGAAGCUUGUUGAAGACUUUGUCGAAGGUAAGGCUCAACCAAUAAUAAAAUCCGAACCAAUCCCAAAGACCCAGGAUUCUGUGCUUUACAAAUUGGUCGCCAAGACCCACAACGACUUUGUUUACAACAAUGACAAGGAUGUAUUUGUGAAGUACUAUGCCCCAUGGUGUCAACACAGCAAGGCAUUCAGACCAGUAUUGGAAGAGAUUGCCGAACUGUUUGGCUCUAAUCCAGAAACUAAGGAGAAGAUCGUUUUUGCAGAGGUUGACUCUACUGCUAAUGAUAUUAUCGACUUCCCAGUUGCUGGUUACCCAACAUUGGUUCUUUACCGUGCUGGUUCCAAGCCUGGCUCCCAACCAAUUAUUUUUGAAGGUAAGAGGAGCCUAGAGAAUGUUCUUGACUUUAUUAAGAGCCACUCAACUUCCAACUUGGAUGGCCAAGCCCUUUUAGAAAAGCAAAAGCAAGACGAAGCCAAGGCCAUCGAAGAUGCUCAGGCUGCCGAAGCUGCCGAAGCUGUUAAUGCUCAAGCUCAAGCUGCUAAUGCAGACCAAAAGGCUUUCAACAACGAAAUCAAAGAUGAAUUGUAA